AUGUAUACAAUGGCGCUCGGCGGUUGCACUCUUUCGUCGGACAAUAUAGUGAUAAAGUCGCCGACCGACUGUCGAUUGUACAGGUAUAUACAACUUCGGAAUGGCCUCUGUGCUUUGCUCGUCCACGAUCCUGAGAUUUACUCUGAUGGACCCCUUGAGCCCUCAAAAAUUGCUGAAAAAGGCGAGGAAGAAGAAGACGAAGAAGAAGAGUAUGAAGAUGAAGAAGACGAAGAUAGUGAAGAAGACGACGAUCAGGAAGAGGAAGAUGAUCAAGAUGAGGGGAAUGAAUCAAAAGAAAAGAUAAAGACUCGUGCUUCUGAGAAGAAGGUAAGUGUAGUGUUUUUAUAA